GCCACUAGUAUACCGACGGCUGUAUGCAACGAACGUCAUAACUGUGAUUUAAAUCCAUAUUUUAAGUGUCAAAAAUGUCAUUAACCGCCAAUAUCGGAGGCUACCCAAUAAGACUUUUUGUGUUUAGUUUGUUAUUCCACUGCAGUUUUCAAUUGUUACCUUUGCCUGACUUCAUCCAUCCAUGCCACGAGCUAACAGAUGAAUGCUUCACAAAAGCUACGUUGGAUGCCAUUCCUGGUAUGGUGAAAGGUAUCCCGGAGGCCGGCAUCCCGACCCUAGACCCACUGUUCAUAGACAAGAACAUUAGUAUUGAGCUACCAGGAAAUUUAAAGAUGCAGUUCCAUAAUGCCAAGCUAGUUGGUCUCAGCACAUGUGUGCCGAAUAAAGUGUCGUCACGUCGUGAGAAACGCGUAUUUACAUUUGACAUGAACUGCAAUUUCACCAUCCGCGGCCUUUACAGCUUACGUGGUCGCUUGCUGCUCUUCAACCUUGAUACCGAGGGCUCAGCUAAGAUUAAGAUAUGGAACCAACACAUCCGCUUGGAGGUGGUAGAAAAGGUUGUUCGUAACAAAGAGGGCGAAGGUCACUACAAGAUAAACUCGUACAAAUACAAGGCUGACUACGGCACCGACCUCAAGAUGAACCUCACCAACCUCAUCAGAGGCAAUCCGGAAAUCAGUGCUAAUCUUCUUCAAGUCUUGAACCGAGACUCGCAACUGUUUGCCAACGAGUUUGGUGGUCCCAUACUCGACUACGCCAUAGAUUAUGCCAUGAACGUCACGCAGCGUUUCUUCGACGCAUACACCUACGACCAGCUCAGCCAUAUACCACUUACCGAUGAUUUCUUUGUCAAAGAAUAGAUUAAGUGCUAUAUCACCAGCUAGAAUUAGUCGUCGUUCAGUGAGUAAAUUCAUACAUUAGCUGUCGAUCAACGUACUUGGAAGUUUAUUAAGACAAGAAAACUAAUGCCCGUGCCAGACAUACAUGCAUGGACACUUCUUUGUUCAAACACAAUAUAAGCGCACAAAUAUGUGACAAAAUAUCAAAUACCCUUGCCACAUAAGUGUGAACACUUAUGUGAUGAAAUAAGUGCGUAUGUCUGGCGCCGGAGUAACAAGAAUUUGUGAAUAUAAAAGAGUACUCAUAGUACACACACAUAGUCGCAGCUAUCUAUGCGUAUCGGCAGGGCGAGGAGAGAGCCAAAAGCGCGGGCGGCGCGUUACUGGUGGAAAUGGUGGAUUGAUCGAUAAGGAUUUGCUUUACUUAAGCGAUUUAUCCUUCAUUCUCUGACGAUUGCAAAAGAAAGGGACAAAGACAUUUUUAAAGCUCAUUCGUCACAUUUAGAAAUAAGAUUCGUUGGUACUUCAUAAGACUUUGAAUAAAUGUUGUAUAUUAU